AUGUUUCCGGUUUUCCUCGCAUUAAGACACCAGCAUCAUUCCACUUCUGCAUUCCCAGAAAGUCUUCUUUUACCAGACAGGGAGAUAAUUCAUGCUAUGAAUGCCUUCAAGAGUCUCGCAAACGAGGCUCUGGAACGCAGUCGAACAGCUUCCGAUGCUCUGAAGUACGCCUGUCACAACUGGGCCGUACAUCUUUCACGUGCUCCCCGUCCAUGGGAUGACACGCUCAAUCACAUAUUCCAGGCUUUUUGGAAUGAUCAUAUUAUAUCCUGGCUGGAAAUGGAGUGGUGUUUGAAGGGUCUGCUGCCUUGCCUUGGUAUUUUAUCGGAAGGGCAGAAACUUGCAAAGUUUGAUCCCGUUAACGCACAGCAUAAUCAAGGGCUGUCAGCCAUCGAUCCUGAUUUCCACCACUCUCUGACGAAUCGAGAGGCUCGGACUGUGACCCGGAAUGGGACCCAGUCUUGGAUGAAAAGGCUAAAUUCGCUAUGGACCAUACCUAGGAACAGGAACGGAACUAAGAAAGCUUCGGCACCCGCGUCUACCUCUGGAUGUCGACCAGAGGGACCGUCGGCUCCAGCAGCUAUGCUUCUCACAGAAGAGCUUGUCGAUACCUCACAUGUGAGGCCUGUUCCCAAUCCCCGCCCAUCAACUCAACCUCCUCCCUCUACUUCCCCUCUUACACCACCCUUACUACUCGUCCCCCCUCCGAGGCUCGACACUGCUGUGUUACAUAUCGGCACAUCCAGGAGGCACGUCAUCGAAACUACACCAAUUGCUGCUCAAAUUUAG